CACUCACUAUACACCAGGUUUUGGUGUGAGCUCGGCAGUUAAACAGAUGAGAAAAAAGAAUGGAAGAACGGAUGGAUACUUCUCUCUUGCUUUUUCAGCAUUUCUAAAGGAAGACUGAAGAGAAGGAGAGGAGCUGGAACAUCAUCUCAUACUGGCUUUUACAGUCUCCUUGUUGCAUGGAUAUUAGAACGUCAUCUGACCUGCUAUCUGACCUUUUUACCAGACAGGGAAUAGACACUGCUAUGUUCAUCACUCAGUCAUAUCUUAUCAGAAGCCACAUAACAUUUGUCAUACAUCCCAUAUUCUAUCACACUUGAAGACAAAAUGGAUUUAUUUUUCCAGCGUCAUUUCCGUCGUCGCCAACAAAGACAGAAGCAUGCUGCUGCUGUCCGUCAGCCUGGUCCUGCAGUUCCAACCAGUAAAGCCAGGAGGCGCUCUAGUGUUGGUCUACCCUCUGUAGCAUUGCUGCAAAGCAGACGCUCCUCUGUUGGUUUACCUCCAGUUUGUAAUGAUCAGCGCAGACGCCCCAGUGUUGGCUUACUGGUGGCCAGUGGACAGAGGCGACAGUCCAUUAUAGACACAGGAUUAUCAAGGACAAGUGAACAAGUGGAAGACCUUGGAAGAGGAGCUCAUAGAGCAGAUGUAGCCACCAAGAGAGGAGGGAGGACAGUUCAGUAUACAAAUCACCAUGCACGUCGUCCCUCUGCCACCGUCUCCUGUGUACAUCGAGGUCUGGCGGUGCGAUAUAGAGGCCCUUCCAAAGUAAAAUCCAUUGAACCUCAUUUACUUGGAUCCUCUAUGUUACUUGCGAGUGUAGUCCAGAUGGGCAGAGGAGGGAAAGAGAAGGAAAAGGAAGAAUUAGAUGUCUCUCUGUACUCCUGCUCUGAGUCAGAUGGAGAGGAAGGGAGUGAUGAAGAAGUGGAAAACAGAGCUGGUGGAAUCAAAGAUGUGAGGCCUACCUCUCAGAUGCAGUUAACCCAGGCAGUUGUUGUGGAAAGCAUUAAAGCCCGUCCCUUACUCCGCCCUCCUCGCUGUCUGAGACGGAACUCCUCCCACCUCCUCCCGUCAGACUCUGUCUAUCGGAGCAGUGACACAAGUUAUGGAGUUCAUGGCCGAUUUAAUCACAGAAGGUCAAAUCAAGUUCCCUGGACUUUAAAUAAACCCAUCCAGACUUCCACCACCAGCCCCAGUCUGUGUCAGCUGGCUUCAGCAGGUCUGAGCUCUGAUCCUGGGGCUCCAGAAACAGACGUGCCCUCCUCUGGGUCUACACUCCAUAAAAGCUGUUCUUCACCACUGGCGGGACCAGAGGGAAUGAUAUACUAUGAUCCAUAUCUGGAAUCAUGGGAGAACUUCCUGUCGAAAGCGAUAGCCAAGUCUGGCUUGCACCAUCUGCCCUGUCAGCCCAGUACAUCAUCUCUCAGCAGAACAGACCCAGAAGCAAGUAUCCGCAGUACUGUGGACUGGACUGAGUUGGCUCUUUAUGGAGAUCAUAUCUGGUUUGAGACAAAUGUGUCUGGAGACUACUGUUAUGUGGGAGAACAACACUGUAUUGCCAGAGCACUGCAAAAGUCAGUCAGCCGAAGGAAGUGUGCUGCCUGUAAGAUAGUUGUCCACACCAUCUGUAUAGAACAAUUGGAGAAGUUUCCAAGCUCUAGAGCCAUUCUGUUGGAUGCUGCCCUGCCCCUCAAUGACCCCAGCUUUAGAAUUAAUUUCAGGUGUAAACCGUCUUUCAGGGAAUCAGGCUCUCGGAACAUUCGAGAGCCCAAUGUGGUGCGUCAUCACUGGGUGCAUCGGAGACGGCAAGAAGGCAAAUGUAAACAAUGUGGGAAGGGCUUCCAGCAGAAGUUUGCUUUCCACAGUAAGGACAUUGUUGCCAUCAGUUGUUCCUGGUGCAAACAGGCUUACCACAACAAAGUUUCUUGCUUCAUGCUGCAGCAAAUUGAGGAGGCUUGUCCAAUAGGAGCCCACGCUGCCCUCAUAGUUCCACCCACAUGGAUCAUUCGGAUCCGGCGUCACCAGUCAUCUAUGAAGUCGAGUAAGAAGAAGAAGAGAACGUCGUUUAAGAGGAAAAGCAGCAAGAAAGGAGCUGAGGAGGGCCGACAGUGGAGGCCAUUUAUAAUCCGACCCAUCCCUUCACCACUGAUGAAACCAGUGCUGGUGUUUGUCAACCCUAAGAGUGGAGGAAACCAGGGCACUAAGAUCCUCCAGUCCUUCAUGUGGUAUCUGAACCCUAGACAGGUGUUUGACCUGAGCCAAGGAGGUCCGAAGGAGGGCCUGGAGCUUUAUCGUAAAGUUCAUAAUCUGAGGAUUCUGGCAUGUGGCGGAGAUGGAACUGUGGGCUGGAUUCUGUCUUGUCUUGAUGAAUUAGCUCUAAACCCUCAACCUCCUGUUGCUGUGUUACCACUUGGGACAGGAAAUGACCUAGCCCGGACCCUCAACUGGGGAGGGGGCUAUACAGAUGAACCUCUGUCUAAGAUCCUGUCCCAUGUCGAGGAUGGAACUGUUGUGCAGCUAGACAGAUGGAAUCUACAAGUUGAACCAAACCAGGGUCUAGGGGCUGAAGCAGAUGAACAACAAACUGAUAAGCUUCCUCUAGAUGUGUUCAACAAUUACUUCAGUCUUGGAUUCGACGCUCAUGUGACUCUAGAGUUCCAUGAGUCAAGAGAGGCCAACCCAGAGAAGUUUAACAGUCGUUUUAGGAAUAAGAUGUUCUAUGCUGGGACGGCAUUCUCUGAUUUCCUGAUGGGAAGCUCCAAAGACCUGUCAAAGCACAUCAAAGUGGUGUGUGACGGGACAGAUUUAACAUCAAAGGUUCAGGACUUGAAGCUGCAGUGUCUGGUGUUCCUCAACAUCCCCAGGUACUGUGCAGGUACUACACCUUGGGGUAACCCCAGUGAACAUCAUGACUUUGAACCUCAGCGCCAUGAUGAUGGAUACAUCGAGGUCAUUGGAUUCACCAUGACAUCACUGGCUACUCUCCAGGUUGGAGGUCAUGGCGAGAGGUUGAACCAGUGUAGAGAAGUAACUCUCACCACUACAAAACCUCUUCCAGUACAGGUGGAUGGUGAACCAUGCAGACUUGCUCCCUCAGUCAUCCACAUCAGCCUCAGAAACCAGGCUAACAUGAUUCAGAAAACUAAACGACGGACGUCACUACCACACCUCAAUGACCAGCAGCCGGUCCCAGAGAGGCUGAGGAUCAGAGUCAGCAGGAUCAGUAUGACGGACUAUGAGGCUCUGCACUAUGACAAGGACAAGCUACGGCAAGCAUCCAUUCCUCUGGGACUGAUCGUGGUUCCUGGUGACAGCGACUUGGAAACCUGCAGAGAACACAUCCAGCGUUUGCAGGAGGAGGAAGCAGCCAAGCCAAAGAUUCUUUCCUCGCAGAGACUGUCGCCAAAAUGGUGUUUCUUGGACUCUACGACAGCAGAUCGUUUCUACAGGAUAGACCGAGCCCAGGAACAUCUAAACUACGUAUCAGAAAUCUCCCAAGAAGAGAUCUUCAUUCUGGACCCUGAACUGGUUGUUAUGACGACUGUCGGCACCUCACCCACAACAAUGCCUGACCUGGUUAACCCUGCUUCCAGCCUGGUAAACAAUAGGGAAAGCAGCUCAAAUCAGACCUCCAAUGAUGUCUGUGUCUAUCCUGUGGCCUCUUCUUCUUCUUCUUCUUCUUCACCGUCAUCCUCUGCUACCAGUUCCUCCCAGAGGCAGCGAGUGAACAGUGACAGCUGUGCAACUGAAGCUUUAACACACAACACAACACAUGUGGCCAGCAAACUCAGCAGGGCGGGCUGCAUCCAUCGUUCCAACACCACAGCUGCUGAUUUUAAACCAAGAUUGAGACAGGAAAAUAGCCAAAUGACGAGUGAAAAAGAGAAAGAGAGAGAACAAGAGAUGGUGAUUGAUUGUGUGAAGAACAAGGAUGUGAAGAAGCUGCAAGAGCUGCACCUGAACGGUUCUGACCUCAAAGUGCUGGACCAAUCAGGCUGCAGUUUGCUGCACCAUGCUGUCAGUACAGGAAGCAAGGAGAUGGUCCGCUACAUCCUGGACAAUGCUCCAAAUGACCUGCUUGAUGUCACAGAAAAACUACAUGGGGAGACGGUUCUUCAUAGAGCUGCUUCUCUAUGCCACAGGACCAUCUGUCAUUAUCUGGUUGAAGCAGGAGCCUCACUGAUGAAAACAGACCUACAGGGUGAUACUCCUAAGAACAGGGCAGAGAAGGCUCAUGAUGCUGAGCUGGCAGCAUAUCUGGAAAACAGACAGCAUUACCAGAUGAUACAGAGAGAGGACCAGGAAACAGCUGUCUGAAACUGUUGAACUAUAUACGAACAGGAUGUGGAUGAAGAAACUGCUUUUUUCUGGCUGCAGACCAAGUGUGAAGCCGUGCCAAAUCUGAUUGAAAUGUGCAUUUAAUAAUGAUUACAGCAGAGAUUAUAAUGAUGAUGGUAAUAACUUUAAGUCAGUGGAUGUUAAUGUUCAUUAGUGUGAAGAGAAAGAGUAAGCUUAUUAGAAGUUUGUUAAGUCAUUCCUUUGCAGUUUGAGUAAUACAAAGUGACAGUAAAAUGAGGAAAAUGGAACACUGGAAGAAUAAGAAAUUAAGUUCUGAUUUUAUGGGCAGUUUCAGAUUUAGUCUUCAAAUGCCAUUCAUAUCAAAUAUAUUCAGAGGACUAUAUAUUUUAACUGUGACCAUUUACAAUAAACUAGUGAUGAUGAAAUGUGUUAUGGUAUCACUAUCAGUUACUACAUUUAGUCUGCACAUGCUACAUAUUUAGUCCAGUCUGCAAUUUUCAAUUCAAACCAAAAUGUAAAGUUUAUCUGGGGUGUGGCAUUAGUGUCUGAAAGGCUUCAUUAAAAUGUUUCUCCUUGGGAGAUUUAAUGACAAUUUUUAUAUUAUAUCAGGAAAUAUCUGUGAGUGCUGUUUAGCUGUUUUGACCUGGCCCUAGUGGAGACUAUUGAAUGUCCUACAUAUAGUAGAAACAUCUGGGCAGUAUGAAUGUGCUGAGUUAAUUUAAUGGCAACCUGCACAUAAUAUUUGAUGUUUUACCCCAAUGAUUGAAUUGACUGAAUGAUUGAACAGUUCCUCUUGCCUGUACUGUAUGAUUGAAUGUCAGAGGUGAAAUUCUGGGCUGAGAUGUCUUCACACUAAUAACUAAUAAUGUAUCCAAAACAGUUCAAACAUGUUAUAAAACUUUCCAUCAUGAAAGGCCAGUAAAGUCCAUAAAGUCAUACAUUUUGGAUCAAAUGAAUGCAAGUACUUAAAUAAUUAAAAUGAAAUGUUAAAUUAUUGUGUUAGAGUUUGCACCAAUAAGGAUCAAGUGUCAAAUCAUGGAUCAUUAUCAUAUUUCGUUGUGCUAAAGCUAAAACAAGCUAAGUUAAAGCUUAAGCUUGUUUUUAUCUAAAGGUAAGACAAGCACACAUUUUCUCCUCUUAAAAACUUCUCAUUGGCACUCCACACCAGAUUCAGUCAUCCCCCAGACUGCAACUCACCUUUUACAGACAGGACGUGCCCCUUUUCUCCCAAUCACUAAUCUCAGUGUUAGGUUUGACCUUGACUUUUGAUGAUCACAUCUACACAAAACCUCUUUCUACCAUCUCAAAACUAUCUCCAAACUCCACCCCUCUCGAAUCCUGCCAGAUGAAGAGAAACUUGUUCAUACCUUUAUCUCCUCCAGGCUGGACUACACCUCCACCUGCACCCUCAGAUCUGCCAGCUGCCAGCAGCUUGCUCCUACAGUCCCCAGUAAUAAGUUCUGCACUAUAGGGGAACAGGCCUUCUGCUCUGCUGCACCACGCUUGUGGAACAGCCUUCCUAACCAUCUGAGGGGCAGCACAGACCCCAGACUCUUUCAAAAUGGCCUAAAAACAUUUCUAUUCAGGAACGCUAAUUCUUCUUAAAUCUUAUUACAAUUUUCUUUAUGUUGAGUGUUCACUAUGAAUGAAAAGUGCAGUACAAAUUAAAUGCAUAUUUAUUAUUACUAUAUGAAGGUAUAGUACACACAUCAUUAUAGCACUGAAUAGCAGCAGCUCAUCUCACUGAUGGUGUUUUGAGACUGAUUUGUGAGGAACAUUUGGGUUUUGCAUACACUUUUGGACACACCAACAAAAUCAGGGAUCUUUCAAUAUUAAACUCAAAUCUGUUUUCAGCCUCAUUCUUCGUUUAAUCCUUUGAAACGUCAACACAUUUCAGACUGAAGCCUUCAUUUAAUUGACACGUCUUUCAAUACUUAUGUCCCAUUUUCAGAAAGCCGGAAGAGAGAAAUAAUAAUAAUACAUUUUCACUCCGAAAUGAACGUCUCACACAAGUUAUAUGAAAACAACUUUCAUCUUCAUCUUCCAGCACUGCUGAUCAGAUAAGUCAAAUCAAGCAGAGGAGGAAACAUCUGGCAAAUGUACAAAAUUGUGCCUGAUCAGGAGAGGCUGAGAUGCUGCAAAAGUCUUCUUUUCAUCCCUUAAAAUAACAGAUUCUUCCAUUGAAACAGCAAGAGACAAAAACAAUGGAGACGUGCACAGCUACGUUUUAGUGAUAAUAAUACAAACUCAAUAACUGGCAUGCCCCGACUGUCAGAAACUUAGCAGGAUCAUGUCAAGAGGGAGCUGAAGAAGCAUGUUGUGCGUAAACAUCUAAUCCUAAAUAUGAUCAAAGCCAAGAUUAUACUCAAAACAUAUUCCCCCAGGGUCUGUGCGCAGCAGAAAAUCAUACACCAGUGGUUUACUAUAUAUACUCUUCACAUGUACUUUGAGAAGCCUUACAUUCAGGAGAACUUUCUGUCCCUCUGCUCGUUAUGGCAGCUCAAACAUGCACUUCAAAAUAUUUUUUUAAAUCAAAUAUUUCAGAAAUACCUUUUGUUUGCAUUGCCACAUCACUGGCAACCAGUUUUUGAUGACAUCAAUGAUAUGCAAGAGCUUAGAAGAAGAGUAAUGAUAACAUCACUGAACAAUCCAGUGAAUUCCCAGUUUAUGUCCAUUCAGAAAGUUACAAUGCUGGUUGAUCAGAAUAAAGAGAGACUAGGAGUAGGAGUGACUAGCUGGACUUUCAGACCUCAGCUCUGUUUUUGGAGCCACAUUCCUUCAAUGUGUGAUGCACACUGCUUUGAUGAAUUUUCAAUCAUAGUUCUAGAAAGUUUUUGUGGGUUUCUGAGGGUUUGAUGAUUUCUCUUUAAUCUUUGUACAGUAAAUUAUUACAAUAUACUCUGACUUUCAUUUACGUUCCUCAUCUGCUGGCACAGCAACUGCCAAAUAUUGAUAAACCAAAAAGCUCAAAGCUCAAACUAGCUUCACAUUUAGAGGGUUUUUUUCUGUUUUGUUUGUGAAAGUUAGCAGUUGAACUGUGUCUGUGUGUUCAGAUUAGCUUUGCACUGACAGUAAACGCUUGCAUGUACUACAAUGCAAUGAUGUAAAGCAGGUUGAGUUUUUGUUUUCCUUCACAUCUGUGGCCAAUCUUUGUUCUCUCAUGUUUAUGACAUUGUUUUUGGGUAAAUUCAUUAGUGUGAAAUAUUUUAAAUGUUCUUUCUAUUUCUUAAUUUGUUUUUAAGUUGAUUGAUAUUUGUAGAUAAAUAUGAAGAAAAUAAAAGAAGGCAGUAUAUUUGAUAA